AUGAACUUCAGCAGUCUUCCUGCUUCGCCAGCCGGCCUGAAAUCGGUCAAUCCCUAUCUUCAGCGGGCCAAAGAGAUGGAGAAGGUCGACCCGGUGAUCUCCUACUGGUGCGCCUUCCAUGCCGCUCAAACGUGCAUGUCCAUCGGUCACAACGAGCCGGACAGCAGAGAGUUUCUCAUGCGUCUACUGGACCUUCUCGAGCAAGCCAAAGCGCAACUAUCCGAUAACGACGCAAUCACAAAUAAUCUCGCCGCGACGGCCUACGUCGAAAACUUCGCGCUGAAAAUUUUCGAAGGAGCAGACAAAGAAGACCAGCAAGGCCUUUCAACGAGAACCACAGCUCAAAGAUUUCUGGCGGCCGCUUGUUUCUUGGAAGUCUUGCAAUCACUAACAAACCAGCCUGAACCAGACAUAAUGCAAAAGAUCAAAUACUCAAAAUGGAAAGCGGGUUCGAUCGCGAAAGCGCUGCGAGAUGGCAGUACAAGUCAGCAGCCAGCUGCAGAUGACACGGCCCGGUCACCCGUCGCACCGUCCAUCAGAUCGCUCAACGUCGCAGGCAAUGCUACGAACGAUCCAGCACCCCAGUCUGCCCAAUCACAAAACGGCUACAGCGAUUGGCCCACAGAGUUGGCAACGAGCUCGAUGAGCAAACUCCCCUCGCCGAUCAUCGCACCCAACCUAUCCGCCAACAACUCGUCGGCAAAGCCGAGUCCCUUCCCAUCCACGGUCUUUCCACCCACCACGCAGAACACCAGCUCGAGCUCGGUCGCACCCGUCCCGAGCGAUUUCUCCGCUCCCUCUCCUGCCCGUCCCGCCGCCCUUCCUGCCUCUCAACACCCGUCCAGCCAUCUCUCCAGGUUCCCGAUCGUCCCCAGCUUGUCUCAAGCCGACAAGACGAGCACACACGCCAGCCAGCCCGUCCAACAGACCUUCUAUUCCACUCCCGCCGCCUCCGUCCAGCUCAACAGCACCCAAUCCAGCCAGAACACCACCAUCGACCCCGCAUACCCCUCCCAACCUUCCUCCGCGGCUAUCCAAAUCUCUCCCACCGUCCCCACUACCGCCCUCGUCAAUCCUAUCAAAGUCGCCCAGGCUCAGAAACAUGCUAAAUGGGCUAUCUCUGCUCUCAACUUCGACGACAUCCCUACCGCUAAAAAUCAACUCCAGAUCGCCAUCGAUACGCUCAACUCCCUUUGA